AUGCCUUUAAUCGAUUCAGAAGUUACGAAAUACUAAUGUGAUGUGUAGGAGAGCUCUAAAAAGAUAUCAAAGAAGUCUGGACAUUGGAAUUAAGAUGAACACGAAUCAUAUCUUCGUUUUUUACAAGAAAAUGCCAAUCAUAGCAAGGGCCAAAGACUAUUUAAAAGAAUGAGCCAAGUAAUAGGAACAAGAACACCAAGUUAAUGCAGAUCUCAUCAUUAAAAGUUCAAUCCUUAAAAACCAUGUGAUAAGAUAACGUAAAUAAAAUUACUGAAAACAAAGUAAUUGGCUAGAUUAUACAUGAAUAGUCAUAAGGAAAAAGAUUAGGACGAAGAAUGA